AUGCGGGGAAAGACAACAGAAGCAAACACAAAAAAAGAGCAGCAGUACGACUUCUGCAUCUCUAGCAGACUGAGUGCUGCUGCUGCUGCUGAUGCUGAUGCUGCAGCACCAGCAACAGCAGCAGCUGCUGCUGCACCAGCAACAGCAACAGCUGCUGCUGCAGCAGCAACAGCAACACCUGCUCCUGCUGAUGCCCCCUGCAUAGGCACCAGGGGGAUUCGUCACCGCUGCCCUUUUCCUUUGCGGCUCUGCUUCCUUUUAUUUGCUGCAGCGGCAGCAGCAGCAAUGCCAGCCGCAACAGCAGCAGCAGCGACAGAAACAGCAGCAGCAGCAGCAGCAAGUCAGAGUACAGCAGCAGCAACUACUCGACCCAUGCAGAGACAAUUCCCUGUCUCUUUUGAUUUGCAAGGGAUUACUGUUCCUCCUCACUCUUCGCCUUCUGUUGCUUCUGCUGCUGCUGCAGCUGCCGCUGCUGCUGCUGAUUCUCCUUCUUUUCCCUCUACUUCUUUUGGUUCUGCUGCACAUUCUAGGAGAAGAAAGAGGAGGCAGAAGCAGCAGCAUGCAGUUGUGCUUAGAGUUGGUGCUGCUGCACUGAUUUGUUUUGCUGCCGUUGUCUAUAUCGUUUCCCGCUGCGCGAUGCUGCUGCUGCAGCAGCAGCAGCGGCAGCAGCGAAUAGCUAUUUCUUUUGCUUCUUUUCCUAGGAGACUAGCAGAAAACGAAGAAGAAAAUGCAUGCAACGUAGGCGGAAGUCAAGCUGUGGGAGAAGCAGAAGCCCCAUCACCGGCAGCAGCAGCAGCAGCAGCAGCCGCAGAAGAAGAAGAGGCAGCAGCAGCAGCAGCAGCAGCAGCUGCCGCAGAAGAAGCAGAGGCAGAAGCAGCAGCCGCAGCAUCAGCAGAAGAAGAGGGAGCAGCAGCAGCUGCAACAGCAGAAGAUUACGAAGACGAAGAAGACGAUGAAGACGAGGAAGAUGAUGAAGAUGAAGAUGAUGAUGAAGAUGAUGAAGAAGAAGGAGAAGAAGGAAAAGAGGGAAAAGAACCAUUGCCUGAAGAAAAACGAAAGAAAACACCACCAAAAAGAAGAGCAGAUAACAUUUCAAUCGAAAUAACGGAUAAAAAUGCAGUUGCUUCAGCACAUGCAGCUUUAGAUGCUCUUCUUGAAUUAAUGGAAACAGCAGCAGCCACGAUUCCCCUAUUAGAUUCAGGAAACUGUUUAGUUGUUCUUGCUUUAGUAUUAUCUAUGAUAUGUCAGGAGUUUUUCUUUCUUGGCGUAUAUAGACACCAAGAUGUCGAAGAAAAAAGAAGAGCAACGCUCAGAAAGAUUGUUACGAUAGGGCGGGAAGCGUUUACAGAUAUAAUAGUGACGAAAGGAAAAGAUACUAAGCCAGGGAAGAGAGCAGGAGAGAUGCUGACGGUGCUGCAGAUGCUGGAGCAGCCUCCUGAGACUGUGGACAUACCAAGAGAUGCGCUAACGCGACGUCUUGUUGAAGACUCUGCUUUGAUGCAAACGACCCUACGAGCAGCAACAAAGUCUUUAAGAGCUUUAGAAGGAUGGAGUAGCCCUAAUGUUGGUGUAUAUAAAGAUGUCUGUACAGCUAUAAGACAUGCAGCAUCACACUCGAGACAUGCACGAAGAAAGCGGCUGCAAGCUGAUCACCUUGUUUGGGAAUGGUAUCUUCUUAUUGAAGACAGUGUAGGGUACUUAGGCUUAUUCUAUCAUCAGGAUUAUACUGUUACUGUUCUUCCUGCAACUGAAAGAACAGGCUUAGAGUUAAAAAGGCUGAGGGACAGAUAUGCAAGACUCCAUAAACGAAUAGAAGCAGCAAAAAGAGGAAGCAGAACUGCAGCAGAUAGGAGACAGGCGAGGAAGCAAGCCAGAGAAGAACGCCUCGCACAUCGUCUGAAGUGCGAGCAGCAGCGUUUGAUGCUGAUGCCGAAGGGGGCAGAUGGUCAUCUAAUGCAGCAGCAGCAGCAGCAGCAGCAGGGGCAGGGGCAUGGAAUGCCACAACAACAGCCUCAUACUCCCCCCUCCUCUCUUGUGCAACAACCGAGUGAUGACGCUGCUGCUGCUGCUGGACCCUUCCCGCCUCAGUCAAAAUCGGCAGAGAGUUGGACAGAAAGAGCAGUGCACGCACCAGAGUUCAUCCCCUCGACUUCAUCAACGACGCCGGCGCCGAAGCCGCCUCAGCAGCCCCAGCAGCAGCAGCAGCAGUGGGGCUCGCAGCAGCAUCAUCAUCAUCACCACCAUCAUCAUCAUCAUCAGCAGCAGCAGCCGCAGGGGCAUGGAAUAACCCGUCAGCCCCAUGCUCGCCCCUCCUCUCCUGCGCAUAAACCGGGUGAUGACGCUGCUGCUGCAGCAGCAGCAGCUGCUGCUGCUGCUACUGCUGCUCCAGAUAGUUGGAAAGAAAAAGCACUGCAGGCACCAGAGUUCAUCCCCUCGACUAUGUCAGCAGCGCCAGCUCCAGCUUCUUCUGCUGUUGCUGCUGCUGGAACCUUCCAGCCUCAAUCAAAAUCUUCAGAUAACUGGAAAGAAAAAGCACUGCAGGCGCCAGAGUUCAUCCCCUCGAGUCUGUGGCAGCAGCAGCAGCAGCAGCAGCAGCGGCAGCAGCAGCAGCAGCAGCAGCAUCCUCCUACUUCUGCCCCUACGCGAAGUGGGCAUUCGCUUGGUCCUGAUGCUGAUGCUUCGGAUGCUGCAGCACUUGCUGCUGAGGAAGCAGCACGCCGCGCGCUUAGCCACUUUUUUAAAGAUGCUACAUGUGUUAGUUCUGCUGCUGCUGCUGCUGGUGCUGCUGCUGGUUCUACUGCCGCCCGUGCUAUCUUGCCCCCAACACAAGCAGCACGUGCACCGCAAUGGGAAGACAAUGGAGAUAUAUUUCCCCCUCUUUUUCCACCACAACAAACUACUGACGAAGAGUUUGUUCUAGUUGUACUUGAUGCUGGCUCUCGUGCUUCUGAGACAGCAGCACUAGUAGCCCUAUCCAAAUUCUUUAAAGGACCUUCAUCUGCUGCCUCUGCUGCUGCUGCAGCGGCAGCAUCAGCAGCUGUUGGUAGUAUCAUUUCAACUUUUCCUGCUGCAUCACCAGCAGGAAGGGCAGCGCGUCGUCAUAGAGGCCACCAUAAACAUUCUUCUUCUACUCAUGCAGGCUAUCAGCAGCAGCGGCAGCAGCAGCAGCAGCAGCAGCAGGAGCGCCGUAGUCAGCAGCAGCAAAUGCAGCAGCAAAUGCAGCAGCAAAUGCAGCAGCAAAUGCAGCAGCAAAUGCAGCAGCUGCAAUUGCAGCAGCAGCAACGACAGCAGCAGCAAAAAAAGCCGGUGCCCCGCCCACCUCCGGGGUUUGAAUCUAUGUAUCCAGAUUCAAAACCCUCUCCUGCACUUGCUGCAGCAGCAGCAGCAGCAGCAGCAGCAGCAGCAGCAGCAAGUCCGCCCUCCGGUCAGCGGAUGCAACAGCCACCCCACAGCAGCAAAACGAGUGAUUUGCAGCUGCCUAGUGAUCUGGUUGCUCCCUUCGGUAGCAGCAGCAGCAUCUGGAGCACCAGCAGCAGCAGCAGCAGCAGCAGAGUAGCACCACCAAGAACAUCUGCUGGGUGGCCUCAGGAUGGUGAUGGAGGCGAGGGCAGCUAUCCGCGUGACCCGUUCUCUGAUCUUCUAGCAUCAUCAGCAGACAGCAGCAGCAGCAGCAGCCGAGGCUGGGGGGGAGACAGCAGCAGCAGCCGCAGAGGCUGGGGAGGAGACAGCACCAGCGGCAGCAGAGGCUGGGAGGGAGACAGCACCAGCGGCAGCAGAGGCUGGGGGGCAGACAGCAGCGGCAGCAGCCGAGGCUGGGGGGGAGACAGCAGCAGCCGAGGCUGGGGCG